AUGGACGCGAUGUCGGAGCCGAGGAGGUUGCAUUUUACCACGAUCGGUCCGAUGGGGAAGGAGAAGAAAAAGAAGUCGUCACUGCCACCCACCAUACGUUUCACAUUGGCGCUGAGAGAAUCCAACGAUAAAACAUGUCCCGAAUUUUCGUAUGCCGAUUUAAUGAAGAAUGCUUUGGGGGAUUGUAAAAAUGCAGAAAUUGGGGAUUUUGAUGUUGAAGACCAAAACGAAAAUGAAAAAUUGGUUGCUCUGGCCAGGUCCUUUGAGGAAAGAUAUGGCCCAAAACACAGCAAAACGCAAAGUAAAAGAUGCGAUGCCAUUCAAGACCUGAUUGAUUUGGGUGAUGGCUAUGAUGAAACUGAUCCUUUUGUAGAUAAUUCUGAGGCAUAUGAUGAACUGGUACCUGCCUGCCUCACCACCAAACUAGGUGGGUUUUAUAUUAACUCUGGUGUAUUGGAUUUUAGAGAUGUUUCUGAUGACUCCAGUGAUGAUUUUGUAAGUUCCCCUAUCAAGAAGAAAAAAAAAUCAAAGAGAGUUAUAUCUUCAGAUACCGAAUCAGAUGGUGAAUUGAAGAAGAAAAUUCCAAAAAUAAGAAAGUUGAAAGAUGGGAUAAAUAAAGAAAGGCGAAAAAAAUCAGCUGGAGAUAAAGAAUUCAAGAAACCCCGAAAACCUACUAAUAAGGACUUAUUAAGAAAAAAGCCUUCUUCUACAGUGAAAGAACUUCUUAAGCAGCAAACUGUCACUACUACCCCUAUUAGUCCAACUACUCCUACUCCUACUACUACCUCGGCAUCUACCUCAAAUAAUGGCCAUACAUCUGAUCCCAAUGGCAAUACCUACUCAGUUACCGCUGCUACUGCAGGUCUCCUAUCUCAAGACAAGUCAUCUAGUAGUAGUUCUGGGUACAUGGGAACAGUUCCUGUAGUAAAUGCAAUACCAAGUGGUAUACAAGAAAAUGAUGCAAUUAAAAUGGACUCUGUGUUGACAGUCAGUCGGCCGUUCAAUAAUGUCAAGGAAGAUUCUAAUAGUAGAGAUGCAGACAAGCCCCUUGAUCCAGAAAGCAUUCCAAAAUUGUGUGACGGGAUACCAGAUCCCUUGGAGAAAACGAUCAAUCAAUUAAAACAAGCUGCUGAAGAUAGUGUGGAGGGAAAGUGUAAAUUUUUUACAUCUGAAGUCAACAAAAUGCUUUUAGAGAUUGAGACAGAAUCCCGUCUCUUGAAUUGUUCUCAAAGGUCAUCAGUAUAUGCCCAUCUAGCAGCAUUUCUGCCCUGCAGCAAAGAGACCUUGCAGAAACGUGCCAAGAAAUUGAUACUAACUCAACAGGAUGACAAAUUGAAGGAACCAACCCAAAGACUAAGAGAUGCUAUUAAUGAAGAGAUGCCUGCCCAACUUGAGAAGUAUAAGAAUGAGUACCAUGGGACUUCUCUGGAAAACCCCAAUCCAACCACUGAUAAUACUGAGAUGAAAGAAGAGGGGUCUACAGAAAGUGAUGAAGAAAAAUCUACAGAGAGUGACAUAAGUGAGAAAAAAUGUGUUAUAAUAAAGAAAAAGUUUGAGUGGAAUGAUAAAAUAAGAUCGCUACUUUGUGAUAUAGUUAAAUUGAAACUGGAAUCUUAUGGCAUGUCAAAAUUAAGGGCACAGUCUGCUGAAGAAUAUUUGAAGUCAUUCCUAAAAUUGGAAGUUAAACCUCUUUGGCCUAGAGGAUGGAUGCAUGUCAGAAUCCUAUUUAAAGAAAGUAGGUCUGUCCACAAUAAAAUGACACUAUACAAAGCUAAAAAGCUUCCAUUGGUUGGUAAACCUCCAUUAGGUAUUUCUGUUGGAAGUGUAUCAAACAUUAAUACAAAAGAUCCUAGUCCCCAUUCCAACAAUAGCUCAGCCAGUGUUCGUAUAGAUUCAGCUUCUGGGCACCACAAUGCCAAGACUGAUGUAACACCAAUUUUGACAGCAUUAGCCAAUGAAAUGAUGGAUCACUCCCCAACAGCACCUGAAAAAGUAUCUGAAAAUAAAAAUUUAUGGAACUUGUUAGAAUAUCCUGACUCACAGCAGCACCAAUCACAGUCUUUUGGGGAAACCAGUACUGUGAAUUCAACUCCUCUGACCCAGAUACCAUUGUAUUUUUCACACACCUCCCCAGAAAGUAAUGUAAAGGGAGAACGACUGAGCCCAAAUGAAUCUAUCAAGGAAUUACCUGGGCCUGCACUUAGCAGUACUUCAAUGUACCACCAUAGCCACUCAUCGACUCCAAACCUGAACCCUGCUUUAGUGCUUUCUAAUCAAAGCAGUUCUCCACAAAUCAGCCCUACUAUGCCUUCUGUGAAGGCCAGUUACUCCCAGCUUAGUCCUACAGCUACUCCUACUUCUACAAAGCAGCAAUCACAAGGGAUUUCCUCAAUAAAUUUAGGGAAGACAUCAUUACAUUCCCAGGCGCAGUUUUCUAGCAACAAAACUAUGCCCAACAUAUCUGACUCUGAUCACCAGAAUCUGCCUUCCCAGACGGGGAGUAGUGUUGCAGCAGCAUUACUUGCUAAGCACUCUCCUCAUCAGGUAUCACCUACAGGAAUUCCAAUUGGUGACGCAAUGUCCCAAAACUACCACAGCUAUGGCCACAAAGAUUCUGCUUUAACUGUGAAAACUGAUCCCAAACACCAUCAGCAUAAUGGUCAGUCUACUUCUAGCAUGUCUCCAUCUGUUCCAAAAUCACAAAAUGUACCCCCACAGGUAAGCCCCACUUAUCAAAACAUUAAGCAAAAAGACUCUUCACCACCUAUGCAGAAUGUUAAAGUUAUGACAAAAGCAGUUGGUACAAAAAAGGAUGCGUCACUUCCUUCUGUAAUUCCAGAGAAACCUCAGAAUGCUGGGAACCUGUCCCCUCCUGGACAGUUUUCACCUAAAGAUGAUUGCAAAAAUACAUACCUGGCAGAGUUUCAAAGGUAUGCCGCAUCAUGUCUAAAGACUCCAUUGGGCACUCAAAAAGUCAAGAUGCAACAGCCCAUUGCUUCAACAGUGGUUACCCUGGCAACAACUCCAGUCUCAAAAGGCCUUGAUGUAAAGUCUCUGCCUCAGCAGACACGGAGUCCUUACCAGCUCACCCAUUCCUUGACAACCACUUCCCCUUCUCAGCAUCACCUUGUCAAAAUAGAUGUUCAGUCACCAGGACAACAGUCCCCACAUGGUACACAUCAAUCACAUCCCCAACAACAGCAGCAGCAUCAACAACAGCAACAGCAGCAACAUCAACAACAGCAGCAGCAGCAGCAUCAACAGCAGCAGCAGCAGCAUCAACAACAGCAGCAGCAUCAACAACAGCAACAACAACAGCAGCAUCAACAACAGCAGCAGCAACAUCAUCAACAGCAACAUCAGCAUCAACAAAAGACAUUAACUCAUGGGAUGUCACAAAAUAUACAUCAGUCUCAUCAUCCCUCAAAGCCUCACUCUUCAUCACAUCCACCCCACCAACAGCUCUCAAAAACUUGGCGGCCACAACAGCAGUCUUCCCAACACAAUCGGCAUCAACCAAUGCAGCAACAACCACCCCAGCCCCAACCCCCAAAGUCAUACUCCUCUCCACACAUGCCAGUGAAAUCAAUGUCAGCAUCUCCAAUAUCUCAGGUUGUGAACUAUCAGGCCUCUCAGCAGCAACAGUUGAAUGUACAAAAACAAAGCCAUGUCAAAGUUCAACAAGUGCCACAACAGCCUAGAACAACCAUUUCACCACAGCAGCAAGUCAAAGUUGACAGUGUUCUCAAACACCAUUCUACAACUUCCCCCACUGUUCAGACAGUGUCAUCUUUGACUGCUACUCGUCACACUCAUCACUCCCCAACUAGUGUCAUGAAUACCAGUAAUAAUGGCAAUAAAAUGGUCACUGGGGUCACUUCAUCACAAAGAGGGACAGGUAUCCACAGUCUACAUUCAGCAUCCUCUAACCUUUCUCUGCAAUCUUCAACCUCUUCCUUAAAACAGCAGCAACAACAGCAGACUCGGUCACAUUGUCUUGAGUCUACAUUGGCAGUGUCACCAUCAACUACAGCAUCCACAACUUCUGCUUCAUUGGGCUCCACAUCCUCAGGGUCUGUGUAUAAACUCCCGACAAUUACAAACAUUACCAGCUCUGUAGGGACUGCAUCCCAUCAGCAACACCUUUCUUCUUAUUCUUCUUCUACUUCUACUUCACAACCCACAUCACAUACAGCAACAGCACUGCCGCAACACCAAAGUAUGAUGAGAUCCCAAGGGCAAGCAGGACUUCUUCAGCUGCGAGCUGUGCUUCCCUCAAAGAGUAGUGGUGGUAGUGGUGGUGUUAGUUAUACAGUAAUGUCCACAUCUCAGGGAAAACCCUCUGCCCAAACAUGGAACAUCAGUGGUGGCAUUUCACAAGCUUCUGCAACUUCUUCCUCCUCUUGCAAGCGAACUUCAAGUCCUAUUUUCAGUUCUCCUUCAUAUCAGCAACAACAGCAGUUACAUGGAUCAACUCCUCGGUUGUCUACUCCACAAAAUUAUUCGGCUAGACCUCUGCUUGGACUUGCCUUGGACAAAAUGCAAUCUCCUCACUCGGGAAAUAUUCCAAGUCAACUGAAUCAGGAUAGCACCAGACACUCAAAAAGCGAGUGA